AUGGCUGGUUUCAAGCGGCCACAGGCAAAGCGUUGGGCCGAGAGCUUUCGUUACAAGCCAUACCCACAACCAUCCUACCGAGCGCAGAACCCUUCUCGCAAGGUCCAAGACACUCCGCAAGAUCUAAGUCGCCCAAGAAUGCAGGCUAGUUCGUCUUCGCUAACUCCCGCCGAGAAGGAAGAUCACUUGAAAUUCCUCUACUCGUCUUGCAACGCUGGCUCGCGAUCCUCGUACCACGACAUCAAAUGUGGCCACCGGAUCUACGUGGAGUAUGCCAAUGAGUGUGGUGCCAACUGUUUAAAGGAGGGCCUGCAGAACCCAUUCGUAUGCCCUGAGUGCAUUGCUGGUGAAGUUCGCACCGAGAUGUUGCUGAAGGGCUUGAGCAUCAUCAAAGAAGAUGACGAGAUGGACGACGGCACCCGCGAGGAGAAGAUCCAUAACAUCGCACAUAGCAAAAUCUACGAUCUCAUCACGCCGGCGUCAGUACGCUUCGAAUGGAACCAGUACAAGGCACCUACUGUUCUACAUCGUCUAUGCAAGAUGGUUGAAAAAUUCGAGGACCCGAAGAUGCAGUUCUUCGACAAGUUCCUCAAGGAUGAGGGCCUCGAAGGCAUUAAUGCGGCCGAGGAGAAGACGAAGGCUGAGCGUAAGCCAUUCCAUGAGCACUUUCUGCCGAAGAUGCCGAAUGCGACUCCAGUGCCAACAACAGCUCCAGCUCCGGCACGACCUGCCUUACAGACAAAUGCAUGGCCUGAGGAACACGACGAUCCCGACACGAUCUGGUGUACUUGCCGCCAGGUAGACGACGGCGAUCGAAUGGUGAUGUGUGACAAUGACAACUGUCAGUACAUCUGGUACCACACUCGAUGCUUGACGCGGGAAGAGCGCCCUAUCAAGGGUGCUGGACAUUGGGUCUGCCCUGACUGUGUGGAUGUUCUACCGCCCAAUCACGCUGGGGUUGCUAAAGUUGUCAUCAGCAAUUCGAACGCCAUGGAGGAUAUCACCGAUCAGAUGGGCGACGUUUGUGUUGGCGAUCGGGUGGAAGACGAUGCCACCAAGGCAGUCCGCGAAGCUUUGGCCGCAUUUGCUUUGGAAGAACAGUACUAG